GUUGUAGAGUCAGUAUUAGUGUGUUUUCACAGUGAUGGUGUCAGUCGUCUUGUCCAUUGUACUACUCGUAUCUUGUGUGGCCCUGAUCCCGACUACAUGGGCUGAGGACUGUACAAGCUACUGGGAUGACAGCGGCGUCCAUCGCGAUGGCGUUGCAUGUGACAGCAUGCACUGCUGCGGAAGUUGUCACAGUAAAUACUGCUGCAAUGACGACACACGGCAGCUAACUAGAGAGCAGCAGGAGGGUUGUGACGACAGACAUGGGCCACUGGGGUCCCCCUCUGCAACCAGGCUCAAAGGUACGGUGCGAUGGCGAGCUCGAGGUGUAUCUAUGGGACUCAACCAGAUGAGGUCCGGCUUUGAGAAACACGCCAAAACUGCUAUACUUGUGGGCAGUAUCCUUGGCUCGGUUAUUCCUUUCAUCUUCUGUGUGGGUUUAUGUGUCUGCUUCCUGGCUCCAUGCUGCUUUCUGUACAAAAAGUGCAGGAAAAGGCAAAACCCGCGACGUCAAAAUGUGCCGACAUCCACCUUUAUCGCUGUACCUCAGCAGCCUCCCCGUCCGGCUCAGCACCCACUAUCCCAUCCCAGCUACCAGCCUGUGCCUGUGCAGCCCGGCUAUGGAGGCCCCACCAUUCCCACAGCACCACCUCCUCCUGCAUACAUGGAAGCUGCUCUUCCAGCAUAUCCACAGCCUGCUGUGCCUCCUCAUCCUGGUCAGCAUCCGCAGCCUCCUUAUAACCCGUCUUAUGGGUUCAUGCACACAUGAGUUGGAUUACCUGCAUUUAUCACAUUUUGAAUGUGGAGGCAUUUGAAAUGUCAUUUUGGAAAUAUACACGAUAGAUGAGCUGAUCUUAAUCCAUCAUGUAUGUUCUUACAUUGAUGCUUGAACUCAUGUGUGACGUAUUCCCUAAGUGCUCUUGGUGUGGUACACUUGUUUACAAUGAACUCAUCAACGGUAUAAAUGCUAGAUGACCAGUUUGCUCCUUACCGCUAUGACAACUUUGGUUCUGUUGCUGUUGUGGGAAUAUACUUGUUAAUA